CAGACCCGCCAAGUGCACCGCCGAUGGCAAACCGCAGUAACGCAGCUCGAGCUUAACGAUCAUUCCGGGUGGCCAGACGGUUGCGCGAAAUUCGAGAGUACUUGUACACCGUGCGGUCGGGAACGGGACAGACACACACACACACACACACAUACACACUGGCUGUGACAACCGAAACGAAAUGAUCACACGGAGAAGAGAGUUGCUGCUGUGCGUCGUCCUGAUAGCCUCAGCUUAUGGCCAAAAAAACAGUAAGAAGGAUGAAGAGAAGAAGGACGAAGAAUUUAAAUGCCCUGAGGGACAAGGCAACGGUAACUUUGCAGACCCAGCAACGUGUAGAAGAUUCUACCAGUGUGUUGAUGGAUAUCCAUACUUAAACAGAUGUCCAUCAGGGUUGCACUUUGACGACAUCAGUAAAUUUUGCACAUUCAAAAAUGAAGCCCGUUGUGGGCCUAUCGCCACAACACCACCACCAGUGACCGAACCACCAACUGACUUAGCAGAGAAAUGUGAUACUUCGAACUGUCAAUUACCAUACUGUUGGUGUUCAAGGGACGGCACAAUAAUUCCUGGUGGUAUUCAACCAGAUGAGACUCCACAAAUGAUAAUAAUGACAUUCGAUGGAGCAAUAAACCAUAAUAAUUUCGAUCAUUAUCAAAAGAUAUUUGCUACCGAUCGACUUAAUCCGAACAACUGUCCAUUGAAAGGCACUUUCUUCAUCUCCCACGAAUAUUGUAAUUAUAAUAUGGUUCAAAGUUUAGCACACGACGGACAUGAAAUAGCUACUGAAACUAUAUCAUUACAGAAAGGAUUGGAAGAUAAAGGGUACGAAGAAUGGGUUGGAGAAAUGAUAGGAAUGCGAGAGAUAUUAAAGUACUUCAGCAACAUCUCUAGGAGUGAAGUUGUAGGUAUGAGAGCCCCAUAUUUAAAACCAGGAAGAAAUACUCAGUACAAAGUAUUGGAAGAUUUUGGAUAUAUAUACGACAGCAGUAUUGGAAUAUCUCCUCUGAAAGUACCAAUUUGGCCAUAUACUCUUGAUUACAAGAUACCUCAUGAAUGUAAAGCAGGCACAUGUCCUACUAAAUCAUUUCCAGGUGUAUGGGAACUGCCAUUAAAUGCUCAUUACGUUGAAAGUUAUGAAGGAGGACAUUGUCCUUACUUAGAUCAGUGUGUACUUCACAAUCAUGAUCCUGAAGAAGUUUUUGAAUGGCUACAAGAAGAUUUCAAUCGAUAUUAUGAGCAAAACAGAGCACCGUAUAUGAUGCCUUUCCAUACGAAUUGGUUCCAAAUAAAAGAAUUAGAACGAGGCUUAUCGAAAUUCCUCGACUGGGCAGUGACAUUACCUGAUGUAUAUUUUGUAACAGCUACACAAGCUCUUACAUGGAUGACCGAUCCAAAACCACUCAAAUCUCUCAACAAUUUUGAGGGAUGGUCAUGUAAAAAGAAAGAAAAUCUUCCUGGACCACCAUGUAAUAAUGCAAAUAAGUGUGCUUUAGAUUUCAAACCUACAGAAUCCAAUUUCACUACGACUAGGUAUCUAGAAACCUGCAGAGAGUGUCCCAACAAAUAUCCUUGGCUAGGAGACUCUAAAGGAACUGGACUAUACAAUGAUAAUUAUAACCCUGAAAAAAAAUAGAAACUUUUAUAAAUGUAAUAGAAUGAUUAUUAGGAAGAGUUCAACUAAUUUUCAUUUAUAUUUGUCUAAAUGAGUGAUAUGUAUAAUAAAUUUUAAAUCUUCAACUUGAUCCAGCUUUCAAAUAUAAACUGACAAUAACCGAAACAAUGAAGUUUCAUAUGUAUGAUGUAAAAAUGUUCUGUUACCUUCACUUUCUUCGAACUUCGUGUAAGGCUGUUUCACUAUCUAUAAUUUUCUAUUCUUUCCUUUGUAUAGUAAUUUUGUUAUGCCUUCUGCAAUGAUACAACUAUUUUUAUGUAAAAACAUUUCACU